GCCGCGCGGGGGCUGCCGGAGAGCGGUGCGGUUCCAUGGCGGAGCCGGCGGUGAGCGGGCCCCCCGGGGGGCCGCAGCCCCGCGCCCGGCGCCUGGCGGCGCUGCUGAACCGCAGCCUGCGGGUGCGCAUGUCGGACGGGCGCACGCUGGUGGGAGCCUUCCUCUGCACCGACCGCGACGCCAACAUCAUCCUCGGCUCCGCGCAGGAGUUCCUCAAGGCUGCGGAUGCGUUCCCGGGCAGCGAGCCGCGUGUGCUGGGCCUGGCCAUGGUGCCUGGGCACCACAUCGUGUCCAUCGAGGUGGAGCGCGACGCUGCCGCCGCCCUGUGCUCCUGACAGCCCCCCAUGGGAUGGACCCGCGAGUCUUGUGCACCCCCUUUGUACCCUAACUGGUGAUGGACCCCAGCCAUGCAAAAUGACCACCGGAAUUGCAAUCCCCUCAGCCCCAGCAGAGCCCCCGUCGUGGCCGCACUGUCACCACGCGAUGCCGUCAUUCCAGUCCCCUGCAAAACAGGACACAGAUGCCCCUUCCUCCCCCAAACACUCCGUUUUCAGCCUGAAA